CGCGGAGCGACCCCCGGGCUCCACACGGGGCGGCGGCGGGGCUGAGGGCAGGCUGCUACGGCCCCUGCGCUGAGGGGAGGGUGACGCCCCACACUUUGGACCCUCCUCGCUUCCCGUCCGCCUGAGGGGAGCGACCGGCGGAGAGCCCCAACCUCUCCCGGAGGAGGCGGUGGCGGGACGCGAAUACUGAGGCAGACGAGCUGCUUCCUCCUUCUCCUCCACCUAAGAUGGCGGCAGACUCCGCGGAGCAGUUCUGCGUGGCCGAGGAGCGGAGCGGCCACUGCGCCGUGGUGGACGGGAACUUUCUCUAUGUGUGGGGGGGAUACGUGUCAAUUGAAGAAAAUGAAGUUUAUCUGCCUAAUGACGAGCUCUGGAUCUAUGAAAUGGAUAGCGGGUUAUGGACAAUGCACCUAAUGGAAGGCGAGUUACCUACCUCCAUGUCAGGAAGCUGUGGGGCAAGCAUUAACGGGAAGCUGUACAUUUUUGGUGGAUUUGAUGAUAAAGGAUACAGUAAUCGGCUGUAUUAUGUUAAUUUGCGAACAAAAAAUGGAACCUAUAGGUGGAAAAAAAUUACAAAUUUUAAAGGUCAACCUCCUACACCACGUGACAAGCUUUCCUGCUGGGUGUAUAAGGACAGGCUAAUAUAUUUUGGUGGCUAUGGCUGUAGGAAGCAUAAUGAACUGAGUGAUUGUUUUGAUGUCCAUGAUGCAUUUUGGGAAGGACAGAUAUUCUGGGGAUGGCAUAAUGAUGUUCAUGUUUUUGAUACAACCACACAAACUUGGUCUCAACCAGCAAUUAGAGGUGGAGAUCCACCUCAGCCUCGAGCAGCUCAUACAUGUGCUGUGCUGGGAAAUAAAGGUUACAUCUUUGGAGGACGAGUGCUGCAAACUAGAAUGAAUGAUUUGCACUGCCUGAAUUUAGACACUUGGACUUGGUCUGGAAGAAUUAAUAUCACUGGAGAGAAACCAAAAGAUCGAUCCUGGCACACGUUGACUCCGAUAGGAGAUGACAGACUUUUUCUUUUUGGUGGACUAAGUUCUGAUAAUGUUCCUUUAAGUGAUGGCUGGAUUCACAGCAUUACCACGAAUGGAUGGAAACAACUUACCCAUUUGCCUAAGAGUAGGCCUAGAUUGUGGCAUACAGCCUGCCUUGGAAAAGAAGGAGAAGUGAUGGUGUUUGGUGGAAGCAAAGAUGACUUGCAUUUCAUGGACACAGGUCACUGCAGUGACUUGCUGAUAUUUCAGACUCAACCUUAUUCGCUCCUCAGGUUGUGUCUUGACUGCAUUGGUAAAAAUGCAACUCUCUUAAAGAAUCAAAUACCAUGCUUGCCAUCGAAACUUUUGCAGCAAGUGCUGAAAAAAAUAACCUUCUGGGCUGCAGUUAACCACCGGCAAGAGAAGAAAGCUGAAACCGAAAGGCAAAGUCAACUAAAUACCACAUGAACAAUGGCAAGAAAACUGUUGAACACUUUGGUUUAUUUACAGCGUACAAGCAAAGUUUUUUGUUAGUGAACUUUACUAAUGCUACAGAACAACUGUAUGUUAAGCUGAGUUUCUAAGUGAAGUUUGAGAACAAAGAAAUCCUUUUUAUGGAAGUCUCUUUUGUUUUCUGCAUUAUAGAAAACUGAUAAAACUUCAUUUGUAUAUAUUGUUAACUUCUGCUGUUGUGGUCUUAAUGAGGCAGUCCAUACAACUUGUUCUUUUUGAAAUGACAAAUGAUACAAAAUGUUUUCCGCUGGAUAAAAUAUGGCUUAAAUCUAAAAUCUUAUUACAGCCUUAUCACAUCAGCCUUUCUGAAAAGAUUAAAUAAGUUCAAUGCAGUUUCUUUGGAAGAUUCACACUUAGUCUUGAAAAAGGCAACUAAUUUGCUAACACCACCCAAUUAUUAUUUGAUUCCACCAGGCUCUGUCAUCUGACCAUUUAGUCAAAUGAUGGAGCUAGACGUCUUACUCGAAGUAGGAAAAUCAAUAAAUUAACUGUGGGACUUGAAGAAAAAGCUGCAGUGAGCAGCAUUACCGUUUGUAUAGGAAAGCUUACGUGCAGUUCAUAAUAUGGUUUUACUAUGGUUCUGUAAUCAAUGAGUCCUUUUUGAAAUAGGUUGUAUAUUGUACUUUGGAUGUGUAAAGUUUAUAUUUAAUUUGUUUAAAAAAAAUGCUUAUUUAUUGUUUAAAAAGAGCAUAUGUAGUACUUGCUAUUUUUCCGUUUCAAAUACUUAGUUAACAGGAGCACAGUCAUUAAAAUUUUAUAGAGACUU